GCACACAGCGCACACGUGCUCUGCCGGUCGGCGGGGGGUGGGGAGGAAUAGCAGGGACGGACAUGGUGGAGGAGCCGAGAUGACGGCCCGGGGAACGGCCAGCCGCUUCUUGCAGAGUGUUCUGCAGAACGGUGUGGGCAGAUACAUCUGCCAGCUGAAGAGGCUCAGCAUCGUCUUCAGCGCGAGUGCUGCAGGCAGCAGAGGGGUCAGAGAAUACAUUGAAGAAGGAGUGGUAGAUUUUGCACGGCAGAAUCCUGGGAUUGUCGUCUACGUCACUCCAAAGAAAUGCCAUGUUCCUAAGUUGGUUGCAGAAUACUUGAACGGAGCAGUGAGAGAAGAAUCGUUACACACCAAGACUGCACCGGAGGUUGCCCAGCUCAUACAGAAAAUGACCACUCAGUCAGGGCUGGACAUAAUCCGUAUCCGCAAACCAUUUCACACAGACAGCCCAAGCAUACAGGGUCAGUGGAACCCAUUCAUCAACAAGCCCAGUGCCUUGAACGUGCAAAACUUCAAGAAAGACUGAGAGGCCAGACUCAUUGUCAGAAGCAGAGGAUCUGACGUCGUCAAUCCCUUUAUAGCUUUUCCCGUUUUAAAAUCAGUCUUCCUCCAGUGACUGAACGUGUGAUUACAAGUGGGUUCUCAUGACAAGAAAAUCUCCAGCUAUCUUCCUCAGCCCUCCCUGCGGUGGGACAUUGCUCUGAGCUUCAAACCUUGAUUCUGUAACUGUUGACAAGUUGGUAAAUGUUAUUAAAGAUACAGAAGUGCUUAA